AUGAAAGCUGAAGAGGAAUGUGAUAAUGGAUGGACAAAAAUUAGUAAUCGUUGUUUUAAACCUUCCGAAGGAUCGAAUACUUUCGAUAACGCUCGAAGAGCCUGUCAAGGGUUUCCUGGUGGCGAUUUAGCAGUUGAUGAUUCCUAUGCUACUCAUAAUGGUUUAUAUUUUAUAUUACAUGUUAACGUACGUUACUGGAUUGGAUUGAAAGAUUUAGUGGGAGAUAACGUCGUCAGCGACUAUCACUGGCUAGCAACCAAUCAAAGUGUUACUACUGGUCCACAAUUUUGGAUGUCCUUAUAUCCAGCAAAUAAAUUCUAUAGAUGUGUGCACCUAGCUGAUAUCUUAUUAUUGUUUAUCUGGCGUGAUGGCAGUUGUAACGAUUUUUAUCGAUAUGUUUGUCAGAAGCCAAUUGGUGAAGUUUCUUCUUCAGUCGCUAAUAGCAUAACUUCAACAAGUUCUACAGCUUCUACUAUCCAACUAAAUUCUUCACUAACAUCAUCUACUUUAUCUAGUAACGUCAUUGCUUCAACGUUAGCUAUUGCUAACUUAUCAGAGCAACUGGCUUCGAUUUCUUCGCGAUUGGAUGUUAGUACUACCAAACUCAAUUCGCCAAUAGCAUCAUCUACUUUAUCCGAUAAUACUAUCCUUUCAGCAACGACUUCUACGAGCCAGUUAGAGUUAACAACCUGGACUAAUUCACAAAUUGGCGUUGCUACUAGCGAUUUAAAUCUUUCAUUGCCAUCAACUACUAUACUCAGUAACUCUAGCUCUCCAGUAUCCACUAUAACCGAGGAAUUAGAGUUACUCACUCCUACAGCUUCGAACAUUCACAGCUGUAGCUCCGGUUUGUAUGAGAAUCUAUUAAUAUCAUCCGCUUCCUCGUCAGUUUUCUCCGUUAAUAAUAAUCUAAAUAUCAUUUUAACGACAAAUACUGUAUUAAACAGUGAAAAAAAUUUCACUGUACCUACUUAUGAUCUAACUCUAUCGUUUAGUUUAUCAGUUAAUGAUUUGGCUAGCAGCAUAACAAAAACUAUGACGGCCAGUGGACUGCAAUUGCUAGUGUCUUCAGGCUCCAGUAUCAACUCUAGCAUUUAUGAAGAUAGCCCGUUAGUAUUAACUGUUUCAUCGUCAAUUUCAGCCAUAGAUAACCAAAUUAUCAGCUCAAUAGCAAGCAAUGCUUUUAACGUUAUAACAGUAACAACAUCGAGUGGACCACUUCUUCCUGUUUCUACUAAUUCAAAUUUUAACAGAAAAUCAAACGCAUUUAAGUAUUCGUUGUCAUCAUUCAUUUUAUCGCCGACUAUGGUUGACAUUGUGAAUACUGAUUCGACUACAACAACAAUCAAAAGAGAUGAAGAGAGUUUAGAUACUCAUAAUUGGUCAGUUCAAACUAGUUUAUGGAAGGAUAGUAAUUCUGAUAUUAUCUUGAUAAAAGCUCAUAUACGCCAGAAAAUUUAUUAUCAUCAAGAACAGAACCCUGGCUUCAUCUUUGAACAAAUCGAUAAAUUUGAUGCAGAUUUAGCAAGAGAAAUUCACCAAGCCAAUAUUACUAUGAGGUUAAUCAUAUCGACACCCGAGUCAGAAUUAGUUAUUCAAACGAUUUCAGCAUCGGACACUAAAUCAAUCGUCAACCUCGCUUUCUCAUUAUCUAAUAAAUCUGUUGCGAAAGUGAUGAUUCCUAAAGCGGCUUUUCGUUUUCUGGGUCAAGAUGAUACUGUAACUUUGGUAGUACGAUCGUAUAAUAUCCGUAAUAAUUGGACGGAAAACAAUAUUUCUGAAAAUAACGACAGUCGAUGGUCAGAAUAUGGAAUGAAAUUAAAAGAUUAUAAUUCAACCACAAUUCACUGCAUAACAGUUCAUUUUACGAGUUUUGCGAUCCUUAUGCAAAAUUCUAAGGCUCUUACUGAAUUCCAUGAUACUAACCUUCGCAUCAUUACUUAUAUCGGCUACUCUAUUUCACUAUUUGCUCUACUGAUCAUGAUGGCACUAAUAAUUAGCAGCAGAAAAUUGCAUACGGUAAAGAAUUUUAUUCACCUUAAUUUGGCUUUGGCUAUGACACUAUCUAUUUGUGGAUUCAUAAGUGGUAUACACGCUACAAAAUUGCCGAUUCUAUGUACUAUCAUUGCCAUUGGAUUACACUUUCUCUAUUUGGCUAGCUUAACGUGGAUGAUGAUGGAAUCUUUGCUUAUUUUUCGAAAAAUUUCUAAGAUACGAAAAAAUGUGGACCUAGGAAUUCGACGAAUAUACUUUGUUUUAGGAUGGAUGUUGCCUGCCAUAAUUGUUGGCAUAUCUGCAUCUACGGGGAUAGAUGCAUAUCGUAAUCCAAAUUAUUGCUGGAUUAGAAAUACAAGCGCUCAAAUGUGGUUUUUUGUUGGUCCAGUUAUAUUAAUUAUGAUGUGUAACGUUGUCAUUAUGACUUUGGCAAUCAAAUCGCUUUUCUCAAUCAAGGCUAUGGUCCGAAAAUCUGAAAUGCAAAAGUUCAAAGUUGGAAUAAAAGCAGUGGCUUCGUUAAUCUUCCUCUUUGGUAUUUCUUGGCUGUUUGGGAUCUUGUACUAUGCAACCAGUGAAACCGUAUUUGCUUACUUAUUCACGAUUUUAAAUUGCCCACAGCUACUAGCUCUUCUAUCCUUGAAGAAGACAAUUUGGUGUGGUACGGGGUUGUUAAUCUUUUACUUCCAUUGCUUUCGAGAUCAUAAUAUGCAAGAUUAUAUUCGGACAAGGUUUAAUUUCGUCAAUUCGAUUUUUCCAACCCGAUCUAUGGGCGAAGCUAGUAGAGAUACGCGGGAUGAAAACACGCGUUAUAGGCGUGUUAUCAAAAUACCUUUACUUCCAGUUUCUUCAGAGAAUGGAUCUCAAGACUGCGAAGUUAUUCCACAAGAUCCGAUUAGUCUUAAUAAAAUAACAGGAACAUAUCUAUCAAAGAGGAUUAGUGUUGCCACCUUGGCUUCGACUUGCGAUCAUGGACCAUACCGAUUAACUGAAAAUACAAUUCCUGUUGAUCCUUGA